AAGUCAUGUACCCCAGUGUAAAGAGAGAAAUACCCGAAUUUAUUGAAGAAUAUAUGGUUUUUUGUGAUUGUUUUAUUGAUAUUAAUAAGCAGAAGACAUGCUGGGUACUAACAAAAAACUUGAAAUUUUUCGAAUUUUACCAGAAACAACUUGUUGCCAGCAUUGAUCUCUAUACAACUUGCUUAAGUGAAAUCGCAGAUGAUUUACAAAGUUAUAAGGGACCUAAAGGCAAAUGGUAUGAAACCGCCAGCCUCUUACCAGGAAUGGCGGGAAACGCACAAGAUCAUAUUUCGCUUGGUAAAUAUAUGUUUCACGCUCUAAAUGUUUAUAAAAUUUAUGCCAUAAUCCACUGUUGGGACAAAUGUAUUGUCCUAAGGCGUCUGCCAGAGUUUAAAGGAUUUGAAAUAGCUGCGCAAUAUAAUGAUAUUCUCAGUUAUAGAAUAAUGCAUGGUUCAAUUAAAUUUUGUCCAGUUGUGGAAUUUAAGUUUCAAAACCAUGAAUGUUUGAAAACUGAUUUUGAAGAUAAACAUGUUGCCAACGAAGAAGACCGUGAUUUAGACAGUAAAAAGUUUGAGAUGCGUCAAUUAUUGGAACGUAUACGUAGUGCUAAGACCGAAUUGCAACUACAUAAAUCAAUCACUGCACAUUCGUUUCACAGGUUACAAAACAAUCUAACAUUGGGUCAGCCUUUUUUGCGGUCUAUUAAACUUGAGGAAAAGCAAAUAUUGAACCGAUGUGGAGAUAUUUGGAAACGUUUUACAGCACAUGACGAUUUGAUUGUAGGCGUACCAUUAGUGAAUCAAUGUGCUGCUCCCAAUCUAACCAUUAUACAUAAUCUAACGCCCGUCCUACAAACAGGCCAAUCGCCAGAAAACUGUAUUCAAUUGCAGUACCGUUUGUUUCAAUUAAAACUGAAAUUCGAUCAAUUAGAUGCAUUAGAAACCUUUCUUGAAAGUGAAGAUGAACAACUACAGGGAAAUAUAUGGUGUCCUAAUGGAGACUUGCAAAUACUACCGCAAUCGUUUGUAGUUUUACUAAUCAAAUUGAAAAUAUCUCAAAUAAUUUCUUUAAAAGAAAGUCCACUUAUACUAAAUUACGAGGUAGUAAGACAUUUGGAUAUAACGGCUGACGCAACAAAAUCAAGCUUUACCAUGCUGUUGCAAUUAUUUUUACAAAAUCUGGAUUUCCACAAAAUGCUUUUUGAAGAACGUUCACAAUGUGAGCUUAAAUUUCUGCCUCAUACUCUACAUCAAGAUUUUCUAACAAUUGCCAUGACAUCAAAAGAAACAAAUUUAAAAAUUAACUUUGCUAGUUUUAAGGAUUUGGAAAUCUUUGAACAAUUCGUGCAGGAAAAUUUGGAUUUUUUGAAACCCACACUAACUUUAGAUAGCCAUCCAGAUAAUAUUAAUUUUCAUUUAGUUUUUUACAAUAAAAAUCCCUCAUCAUUAUGGUUUGGCAGUCUAAUCAUACGAUUGAAACAAAUAACGGAAGAUGACAGUGAUCAUUGCAUAGCAACGUGGAGAAUUUAUUGUCAAAGUUUUGAUAAAACCUUGCUUUUAAUAAAAACAUUCCUUAAUGAUAUUUUAACAGAAAAAUGUAACAUUCUAUAUAUUACAAAUUGCGAUAGAGAAAAAAAAGCUUCAAAAUGUGUAGCGGAAUUCGAAAAUGCAUUGCGUCAAGAAUUACUACAACUACAAGAAACAGUUCGCGGUGCAAAAAACCAAACUAAGUCGCCAGAACAUUUAUUAAAUCGGGAGAAACUUUGUCAACUACAAUUGAAUUCCGAUAUUGUAGCUAAUGAUGUAAUGGAAAAUAAAAUAAUCCUAUAGUUAUAAGAGUAAUAAAAAGUAUAGAAUUUUAAUUUCA